AUGGAUGAUCCCCGCCAUACCACUACGCUGACGUCUCCAAACGCAUCCCUGCCGAGUGAUGCGAUUGCUACACCUGCUAGCUUCUCAGUGGUGGCGAACGCCGAGAAGGCGGCGGCGUUUGCGGCAGCCGAACGCGAGCGGUUGAUCGCGAUCAAGGCUGCCGGCGCAGCAACGCGCGAUCGGGUAGCGGUGGAGUACGCCCAGACGUGCAGAAUCGGGCAGCAAAUCAACCAUGUGCUCGCCCGUGUCUUUACUGCCCGUGCUGACGAGUGGAGCGCACGGUGCGCAGCCGCAGUUGAUGCCCAGCGGCUGGUGGCAGUUGCCAAAAGGGGAUCACGCAUCCAGGAAAAAGCCGUCAAACUUGAAGCUGAGCGUGCGGGGUGGUGUGGCAAAGAGACAUGGAUCAAGGAUCAGAUCGAGCAACACAAGAGGGCGUGCGCGUCUCGGGUGGCCAAGCUUCCGCAGCUGGAUCUGGUUGCAGAGGCACUAGCUGGAGCUGAGAAGGCAGAAGCCGCGCUGCAGCAGGCGACAAUCGCGGUUAAGCGCGAGAGGGCGUGCCUGACCCGGGCGCUGCGGGCGUGCGAGGCUGCCGAGGCUGCCGUGAAGGCGAUGGAGGAGAAGCUGGCGGCGUGCAAGCAGCGGGAGUUUGACUCGCGGAUGGUGGUGGCGGAUGCAGAUCGGGUGACACUUGGGGCGCUCGAGCGGCAGGUUACGGGUGUCGAGGCCGAGCUGGCCGAGCUGGAGAAGCACAACAGCGAGCUGGAAGCCGAGUGCGCCGAGCUGGAGGCGUUUACCGGAUGA